ACAUUGGGUCGUCUGGAUCGAGAUUUCAGCUCGUCAACAAUUGCGCACUAAAUUUUCAGUAAAAACAAACAAAGUGGUCGUUCGGAGGCGUCGAGAAUACAGAAUAUAGCCGAGCAGUCAUGACAAUUCUUGGAAAACUGCGGGGAGAGCCCACGGACCAGGAGAAGGUGCCUCUGCCCAUGAACCUCAACGACGAGGCCCUCAUGCACCAUGGCUCCCUAAUCGCACCCAAGGUCGCCUACAGCGACAAUGAAGCCGACACGGAAUCCAUGGUCUUCAACCGGCCACAGCACCAUUGCCUCAAGUCCUUUCUGCUGUUCCUGAUCGCCGUGGUCGUGAUGCUCCUGGGUGUCCUGGGCGGAUGGACCCUGUAUCGAGCCUACGCUCCUUCGCACAGCAGCAUGCGCUACCACGCCUUGUGCGAGAUUCCCUAUCCGGAGGACUCGAUGGAGAUGGCGCGAGUGUACCCGCGCACCGUAGAACCCUUCGCCCUGAACUGGCGCUCCUUGCUGCCCGAGUUCGCGCAACCGAUUCCCAACAGUGGAUCGCUAGACGAGAGUUUCUUCCGCGAGGACAUCGAACUGGAUGGCGACAGCGAUGAGGAGGGCUACGCGCGGGUGGAUGUUCCGGACUUCAAGGACGGACGACGAGGUCGCUUCAUGCACGACUUCAAGGAGAACCAGUCGGCCAUCAUCGACACCACCACCGGGCGGUGCUUCAUCAUGCCUUUGGAUCGGGACACGACCCUGCCCCCGACCAGCUUCGUGGAUCUCAUGAAGAAGAUGAGCACUGGCUACUACAACAUAGAUACGGAGCGCGUGCGGCGACAGAUGCGCGUGGUCACGCCCCGCAUCACCGAUGUCUCGCUUAUCUCGGAGCGGAUUGCCAACGAGUGCUUCGAUAUGAAGGUUUACAUGAUGGAGAAGUUCGUCUCGGGCGUCUCGAAGCGAUCGGCUGAUCCGCUGCCGGAGUCUGCCAAGUACGCCGAGUUCAUGGGCAAGGGCGUCGUCGAGUACGACCUGGCCAACAUCGCCGAGGUGGAAGCCUACGAGGCCAACGAGGCUAGCCAACAUGCCUGAGCUUUGGAGGAGGAUCUUUUAAGCUACAACACCCAUAUGAAUACACAACCUAAACAAAUUAUUACUUAGAAUCUAUUUAUACAUUUAGCGGAGCGAGGAGACCUGUUCGAACUUCAAAGAGCCAUGCCUACAAGUCUAGAUCUGGUUACCACUGGUUAGCAGGACACACACCCCACUCCGGGUGGAUAUAUCAUCAUUGGCCAAGCGAGUUUAGCGAAUCAUAGACCAUAGACCCUAGUAAAGAAGCGUAACGAAAAUGUACCUAGAACGCAAUCAAAAGCGAUCGACGAAAUUGUGACAAAUACAUACGUGCAAUGUAUUAGCCUCGAGUGCGGGUUAAAAAGGAUGUGAAGAGAUUGGAUCGGUACACACGCACAGACACACUGCGGCAUUCCAAGUACAUAUUUUAUAUAUAUGCUCUUCAACUAUUCUAACAAUUAAUGUAUAGAACGGAUUCAGAUCGAAGCUAUUUACAGCAAAACCAAAACCAAAACCAGGCGGAAAGCGAAGUGGAACGGAAACUAUCAGCAUGCGUCAGAGAAACAAAUAAAUUAAUCUAAAUGUUCUUUAAAACUACUUACAUGUAUUAAACGCGAAUUUGUGAUCUUUAA